AGCCUGGGAUCGAGUAGUUAAAAUUAGCCGCUGUACAGUGCUAUCGCGGUUGCAUUCCGUUAAGGUGACGUUGCUUGGCAACAAAGAAAUGGCGACUGGAGCAAAUGGCGAACGUAUCAACACCGGGUGGCUUUUCGACUCCGUACAACACGGGUAUGUUGCUGGCAGUGUGUCACCAACCAAGGCCCAUGGUGCAGAAUUCUUUGCUGUGGCGUCUGGAGUUCAGAUUCCGUAUGUUGGUCGAGAUGAAACUGGGCUCAAUGCUAGUAGGAUCAGCACACCUCCCUUUCCUGAUGAUUACCUUACUAGACUUGCACACAGCUCUCUAGCUCCUUUGGCACCCUCGUUUGGAGUCCCUCAGGGGCAAAAGUUAUCAACCAAGGAUGGGGGGCCCCUAGCAAAACUUGCAGAUGUCUAUACUCAGCACCAUCCUGUUACUGACAAGAGUAGUAAAGACAUCAGUAGAUCAUACUUAAAAAAGAUCAGCACUGGUUUAGCCUUUAAUGAAGAUGUUUUACAGGACCGUGCACCUCACACGCUGCCUUAUAACGAGGAUGAGUUAAAUACUGUAUUCCGAACUGGAGGCUUGUGUCAUGCUAAGGGGCCUUCAAUAGGGCUUGUCGGUCGGCAUGACACACGUGGUGUAGUGAAAAGGCAUGCCCUGUGCCACUUAAAAGGACCAAGAAAACUUAAGCCUCUGAGGAGAUCAAAGACCUCACCAGCUAUUACUGAUAUAGAAAGGACUAUUCCAGCAACAACAAAAACAAAAGUGACACAAUCGUUUACAGAAAAUACUUUGUCACAAGGAUCAUCACAACAUGAAUGGGAUGAAUUUGUGCUUGCUUGCCUGAGCAAAUCAACAGCUCAGUGGAUUAUUAGUGAACAGUCGGCAGGAUCUGACAAGGAAAGACUUAGCAGUUUCUAUGAAAAGAGGAUCAAAGAAACGGAAGAAACACUUCCUUCUAAGGAGCUCUCAGAAGGUGCAACAGUAAACGAAAAGCAGACCACAGCUAAGAAAAAACUGAAAGAGGAAAAGAAGUCACAGCAAGCUUUAGAAAUUCAUUAUACACCGUCAUUCACUCUGUCCCCUGCUGUAGGGAGCAAGAAACUUGAAACAGAUAACAUUUUCCAGCAGGAGUUACUUGGUGGUGCACAGCCUGUGUCAUCGAAAAAGAAUUCAGAGUCACACUUUAUUGUUCUUGACACUAAUGACAAGCUCAAAUUUCAGAAACAAUUACAAGAAAACUAUCCUCAGGAUUCUAAGGUCUGGUAUUCCAGUAAGGGAUCAUCUGCUAAGGUAAAAGAGAAACCAGAGAAGAAGCCGAAAAAGUUGGUGAAAGGUCUGCAGCGAUGGAAAGAAUUACCAGUUGUUGUUCAGGAUGAUAACUAUGUUCCUGUCAUGAAAGAAUCUAGUAUUGAUGUUAAGGCUAUGAGCAAUGCUUACAAGGAAAAGAAAAAGAUGCGCGAUGAUUCAAAUGUGGUUAAAAUCGUGGAGGAAUGGAGAUCAAAGUGGUUUCUUGAACGUCGCUGGCAGAAAUGUGAAACAGAUGAGUUGAUCAAUGCCAUGAGGGAUAUCAAUGAUCAUGUCAGACUGGCAGCUGUGUCAGCAUGUAGUAAGGCUGCUGAGCUGCGUCAGAUGAAGAAAGAAGAACAUCAUCUGGGAAUAAUGUUAGACAAGUCAAAGGGACCAACUCCUCCGUUAGAAACAGUACUUGAACCAGAGCUUAUUGAAGCUAUUUCAAAGCUGUUAAAUGAUAGGAAUUCACAAGUCAAGGUUGCUGCUGCUAUCACAUUGUACUCACUGAACAAACCCAGUGAAAAGGCUAAGUCAAUUCUUUUGUGGGCAAUGGAGCAUGGUGGCCCCCCUGAAAAGUGGGCAGCAACCCAGUGCUUGGCUCUGAGUGGUGUGAUCACAGACAAGGUUAUUGUGGAGCUUGUCAAUCAUCUGCAUGCAGAUAAUGCUGUGAGGACUGAAAAGGCUGGCACUCUGUUAGCACAGCUGAGUCAACAGUCGGAAGUUGUUCAGUCAUUAAUUGCAGAAUUACUGAACAGUAACAGCUGGAAAGACCGUGUAACAGCUUGUAAGGUCAUUCCGAAGCUGAAGGGAGGAGCAAACAAGGAUAUGACUCAUAAGUUGUCGUACCUAAUGUGGAAUGACUGGAGCAAAGAUGUCCGGUCAGCGGCUGCACAAGCCCUUGGAAGGACUGGAAAUGGCAAGCUUGUCCAUGAUGCACUGCGUGAGAGAAUACUUACAGGAAACGAGCGAAUUAAAGUGGACGCACUGAAAAAGCUGUCCAACCUUGGUAUAAUGACUGCUCGUCUUCUGCCAGCUCUGCAAGAAUGUUUCAAGAGUGAAUACGUAUCUGUAAGAAUCGAAGCUGCUAUGGCCGCUGGUAAGUUGAAGAUCACUGACAAGGAUGUACUGAGGUCACUAUUACGACUGGCAAGCGAUGACAAUAGCUGGAAAGUCAAGGCACAUACUAUAAAAGCUCUCGGCUCCAUAGGAGUGGUGGAUGAUAAAUUGAUCGAGGUUUUACUUUGGUCUAUUCGUUAUGAGAAGGUUGCCGCUGUACGAGCGGAGGCGUGUAACGCUGUCGCAGUGCUGGGCUUACGGGAUGAGCGGUUACUCAGCGUUCUUCAAGAUCGCCUCGUUGUGGAAACUGAAGAACUUGUGAAGAGAGAGGCGAUCAUCACGUUAGAAUCCCUAGGUGUAGAGCCAACUGGAGAUCUGGAGAUGGUUGAGGCCAUCAGGCAGGAAGUAAGACGGUUAUGUCGAAAGGACGCCAUAGUGGCGCAUAUCCUACAAGAGGACCAAGCAGCCGAGUACACCAGCGACUACAAACGUCUGUUUACUACCGAGACUCAACAAGGCCCUCCUUUGCGCGUUGCGUCACGAGCAACGAAAGCCGGGUCGCGCGCGGUAUCCCGCACGACAAGUGAAUCCUCGCGAGGGUGGGACCCAAUACUCGCCGGUUAUCACGCGCGAGAGAGAAUGUCCAGAGCACCAACCCCUGGGGAUCUAGUCAUGAGGCGUUCUUAUCUCCCCAUGGAUUUAAACAGUACGUCAUCUGAGAAUAGCGGGGACAUGAACAUGGAUAAGUGGGACGAUUUGUCCGAGCACUCUGAUGAUGAAGAGAAGCCUGAGGAUGAAAUAGACCAUGAUGGAGCGCGGGAGGAGAACACAGAUCAAAGAAACGAAGAAGAUUUGAAAAUUGAUAAGAGGAGCGAAUCAACCGUGGGGGGUACUGCUUCGGCAGGGUUGCCUUCCCCGUCAAAGGUCGAACUUUCGGAAGAUCGGGUAGUAGUUAGUACGUUAACUUCAAAUCAGCCCGAUGAAAAUGCCGACCAAGACCCAGAGACAUUGUUCGAGUUCGAGUCCAAUAAGGACGAGCCCGAGCUUCUUCAACUCACUGACGAAACAAGUGAACAUUACGUCACCUCACCAACUGCCUCAGGCUACGAACAUUUUGAAUCUAACGUGGGAGAUCUGGAAUCUGGUAUCGCUCAAAGUGUUCCCGUGUCGUGACCACGUGACAGCGUGACGUCACUGAGAUGAGAAAUAUUUCACUGAACCGUAAUACAAUCUAUUUGCCAGCAUUUUUAGUAAUACCAAAGUUAAUCUACAUGUAUGUAGCCAAUCCAGAUUUAUAAUUAUAAAAUAGUAUUUAUACAUUUAUGUUGUAUAUAC